AUGCCCAGAGUUUCGCACUGGCGAUAUAAUCGCCAUUUUGUGCCUCUUACCAUGCAUUGUGAAUUCCCUCCAGAACGUGCACUAGACCCUCCUGUGUUAACACAGCACAAAGUCUUUUCGCGAGAAGUCAAUUUAAUCCCUCCCACAAUGCUGGGCUUACCGACUCCUUUGACAUCAUCCGCUCCUCCUAAGAUUCUGAAACCUCGAGGUGAAGUCAGCUGUGUUAACCGAGGAGGUUACAACUUGCAAGAGAAAUUAGGGUGGUCACUAUCAGAAUACGAAGAAGUCCGCAGUUUCGUCAUCCAUUUAGCUCACGAGCACCUCAAUUUUUUUCAGAGGCGAAUACUAAUUACUCCUUGCCUCGAGUUGCUUUACUUACUUCACCAGGCGAAGAGCCGCUAUCCUGUCCUCAAAGCCUAUAAAGAUGAUUGGGUAGUGUCAGAUUUCUUGCAGGUCUAUCUUAAAAAUAGUAGUACUCGUGCGAACUAG